UCCUGGUGAUAAAAAAACGAAACUUGUCAAAAGCAACAGCGAAAACUUCAACUAUAUGCAUCAAACAAAAAUCUUCAGUAGCAUUUCUUCUCAAAGGAUAGUUGUAGGGUAGCAGUCUGUCCGUCUUUUCAAGGUAAACGCAGUAAAAAGACAAGUCGUUCGUUGAGUAACCCAAAACGUUUAACCGACAUGUCUCUUACUCCAUCAGCAUGACACAUAAAGAAAAACCUGGAGGUGAAAGAAACAAUAAUUAAAAUCAAGAGAAGGAAAAUAAUGCAGAGGGUCUCUUCAAAGAAAAUCUUCUUCUCCAUCCUUAAAGGGCCGAAUAAUUACAGUGCCGCGCUUCACUCCAACAUCCUUCUCCUCAUACAGAGACAACAACUGCACCAAAACCCCAGCAACAACAUAUCAAACAAAACAACCAAUGGGUUUGGUCUUAUUUCUCUCAAAACCCAACAACCACAACCACACGAACAGGACAACAAAGUCGAUGAAUUUGCAAGCGAUGUCGAGAAGGUAUAUAGAUUACUCAGGAAAUUUCACUCUAGAGUUCCUAAAUUAGAACUUGCUUUGCAGGAAUCUGGUGUUGUACUGCGUAAUGGUCUCACUGAACGUGUCUUGAAUCGCUGCGGCGAUGCUGGGAGUUUAGCUUAUAAAUUCUUUGUCUGGGCAUCGAAGCAGCCUUGUUAUAGACAUUGUUAUGAGAAUUAUAAGGCUAUGAUUAAGGUUUUGAGUAAAAUGAAACAAUUUGGUGCUGUUUGGGCUUUGCUGGAGGAAAUGAGGAGAGAUAAUAGUGUGUUAAUAACGAGUGAAGUUUUUGUUGUUGUUAUGAGGAGGUUUGCUUCUUCUAGAAUGGUGAACAAGGCAAUUGAAGUUUUAGAUGAGAUGCCGAAGUAUGGAUGUGAACCUGAUGAGUAUGUGUUUGGUUGUUUAUUGGAUGCGUUGUGUAAGAACGGUAGUGUUAAGGAAGCUGCUUCACUUUUUGAGGAUAUGAGAGUGAGAUUUAGUCCAAGUUUGAAGCAUUUUACAUGUUUGUUGCAUGGUUGGUGUAAGGAAGGGAAGUUAUUGGAGGCUAAACAUGUGUUGGUACAAAUGAGGGAAGCGGGUUUUGAGCCAGAUAUUGUGGUGUAUAACAAUUUGUUAAGUGGGUAUGCAACGGCUGGGAAAAUGGGGGAUGCUUUUGAUUUAUUGAAGGAGAUUAGGAGGAAAGGAUGCGACCCUAAUGCGACUUCUUAUACCAUUUUGAUUCAGGCACUUUGUGGGCAGGAGAAGAUGGAUGAGGCGAUGAGAGUAUUUGUUGAGAUGGAGAGAAGUGGUUGUGAUGCUGAUGUUGUGACAUAUACUGCUUUGGUAAGUGGCUUUUGCAAGUGGAGGAUGAUAGAUAAGGGAUAUCAAAUUUUGCAAAGCAUGAUACAGAAAGGACAUAUGCCCAAUCAAUUGACUUAUUUGCAUCUGAUGUUGGCCCAUGAGAAGAAGGAAGAGUUGGAAGAGUGCAAGGAAUUGAUGGGGGAGAUGCAAAAGAUUGGUUGUAUUCCAGAUCUUAGUAUUUAUAAUGUAGUGAUUAGAUUGGCCUGCAAGUUGGGGGAGGUGAAUGAUGGUGUUGGUGCUUGGAAUGAAAUGGAAGUAAGUGGCCUUAGUCCAGGACUAGAUACUUUUGUUAUUAUGAUUAACGGGUUUCUAGGGCAUGGAUACCUGGUCGAGGCUUGUCAGUAUUUCAAAGAAAUGGUUGAGAGAGGUCUUUUGUCUAGUCGUCAAUAUGGCAUACUGAAGGAUUUAUUGAAUGCCUUGCUGCGAGGUGAGAAGCUUGAAUUGGCUAAAGAUCUUUGGAGUUGCAUUGUGACUAAAGGAUGUGAGCUUAAUGUGGAUUCAUGGACAAUUUGGAUUCAUGCACUGUUCUCAAAUGGGCAUGUCAAGGAAGCAUGUUCAUAUUGCUUGGACAUGAUGGAUGCUGAUUUAAUGCCAAAACCAGAAACUUUUGCCAAGCUCAUGCGUGGUUUAAGGAAAUUGUAUAACAGACAGUUUGCAGCAGAGAUCACGGAGAAGGUGAGGAAGAUGGCUGCAGAUAGACAUGUGACUUUCAAAAUGUAUAAACGACGAGGGGAGAGGGAUUUGAUAGAAAAGGCCAAGGCGAAAAAGGAUGGGAGAAAAAGAAGGGCCCGCAGACGCCAGUGGGGUGGGGGUCAUAAUAGAGCUAGCAUUGUGUAGUUUUUGUGCUGGAUUGUUAUCAAGCGACUGAAUUGUUUUCUUGGAUUGCUUUCGAGCCUGUGUGCUUGCUUGCCUUGGUGUGACAUGGAGCUGCUUCAAUCAUCGAAGGAAGAUGUGCUAACAAAUAGGCACCAGCAAAUUGUAUCUUGUCAUCACUUUUGUAGGACACAAACAUAGUAGUAUCAUGGGAUUGCACUUGUGCUUGUGCAAACAUCUUAACCCAGUCUGUUUUUAAAUAGUUCGCGUCUCACUUCAUUUGUCUUUUAUCCAGCAUGCGAAUGGAACAAGGGCUUUAAUAUGCUGCUCCAGGAAAGGUGACAGUUGAGAACACUCCAGACUAAGACUGGUGAAGAAUAUCAAGUGUACAUUCAUGCAUCGAAUGUACAUGAUGUUGCUUCUAAAUUAGACAUUCUAUCCUUCUUGCUGUCAUCCAAACCAUUUCAUGUUCGUGACGGACUUCCCCUGCCCAAGUAAUGGGAAAGACGCCAUCAGUAUUACCAAUGUGAUAAUGGUUCUUCAAAUGUUUUUCUUUUCAGUCUUUUUUAUUGUUUUGUAUUCUGGUUAUCUUUACUAUUCUGUUGAAUUCAGUGACAACAAGGAUAAUUCUUACAGACAGUGGUAGUGGCUGUUCAUGCAGAUGUUGCCCGAAAAGCAGAUGAUAUGAUCUACAUUUUUUUUUUUCCCAAUUCAACUAUGCUUUUGGUGCGCUUUAGAGUCUUGUAUGUAUAUGACAAUUGAAUUCUCCUGAUUCGUUCCUUGCUGUUACACA